AUGGUGGCCAGGCGGCGUAGUGGUACCGCUGAGCAUCGAGGCGUCACGCUGCGCGCGGCAGCGACACAGCGGCAGCAGCAGCGCGUGGCCGCAGCUCGCCAGCGACGCCGAGAUGCUGCUGCUGCGACCGGGGACGGCGACAUGGGCCUGCCGGGUGUGUACCGCGACAUGCUGAUCGAGGCUGGCGUGCCGAGUCCAGCAGCGCGACGGCGCGGUGUGCAGCCGACGAUUGACCUGAUUGGCGAAUCGGGCGAGCCGCCUGUGAAGCGAAUCAAGCGGCCGGGGCAGAAGAGCGACCUCCCGAUGCGCGGCGACCGAUCUGCCCAGAAAUCCGUCGCAGAUGUGGUUGUCUUUGCAGACAAAGAAGAAGAGGAGGACGAGGAGGACGAGGAGGACGCGGAGGACGCGGAUGACGACGUGGAAUUUGAGGACAUUGUGAUCCCAGAGCCCGUCAUCCAAACGAGGGAACUCGACUCGGAGGAUGAAGAAGACGACGACGACGACGAUGACGAAGAAGACGAAGAAGACGAAGAGAGCAGCCAACCGUUCGUACUCGAGGACGUAGUCAGUGCAACAACUACACCGAUACAACCCGGCAGUGGACCACCAAAUCAGACGAAUGCGACGACAGACACCCUGGAGCUGAACCUCACGGAGCACGAGAGCGUCCUGACGGCGCCGACACGAUGGAAUGGCCGCUGGGGUGCAAGGGCAGCACCGGCCAGCCGAAAGAAGCCGCUGAGCCGGGCCGAGCGCAUGCACCGCAUCGAGAUCCACAAGAUGCAUCUGCUCUGUCUGCUGGCGCACGCCGCGCAACGCAACCGGUGGUGCAACUCGGCCAAGGUGCAAAAGGCGCUGCGCCCGCUGCUGACGGCGAAAAUGAUCUCGUACCUCAACCCAGACGGCCAUCUGUCGCAGUUUGGCCAGACAGAGUCGCUGAAAAACGGCCUGCAGCAAGUGGCGACCAUGUUCAAGACGCGGUUCCGCAUUACGGAACGGGGGAUGCGGCGCGCGUUGUGGGCGGAAAGCCCCGAGCAGUUGAAGGACUAUGAACUCCCCAAAGACGCGGAAACCGUAUUCGACAAAGACGACUUCAUCGCCGCAGCAAAGAGCAUGCAAGGCUCGCGCGACGUCGGGGCUCAGCUCUUUUGUGCCCUGUUGCGCGCGGCUGGGGUCGAGACACGGCUCGUCUGCUCGCUGCAACCGUUGUCUUUUUUAUCGAACGCCCCGACGAUGCCAAAGCCAAAACCGAAGCCAUCCAAACCGACGCCAGCGCGAAACGACCACCCAAUACCCAGCAUCUACCGGUCACCACCGUCCGCCACCCAGGCCACGAGGGGCGAUUCUGAAAGUGAGGCCAUGUUCCUUUCGCCUCGCCGUCGGCUGGGCCACCCCGACGCUGCGGCGUACAACGUCCCAGCGGUCCCUUCCGCACCACCCAAGCAAUCCACGUCGGCCGCCUCGUCGUCAAGACAUGUCGUUCGCGGCGAGUCGGCGUUCCCCGUCUACUGGGUGGAAGUACUGGAUGCCGCGCACCAAAAGUGGCAGCCAGUCGACCCGCUGGUCACCUGCUCGCAGUGGAAGGUGGCCAAGCUGGAGCCGCCGGCGGCGGACAAGAACAACCAGCUGUCGUAUGCCAUUGGCUUUGCCGCCGAGGGCGACGCCAAGGACGUCACCCGGCGCUAUGCCAAGGCGUACAAUGCCAAGACGAAGCGUACGCGCAUCGACGGUCUCGUCGAACCGGCACCCACAAUUGCCGCAUCGAAAGCGGCAGCCUCCUCUGCGGGGGCGCCGCCGACGUCGUCCCCGCGGACGUCGUCUCCAACAAACCUGUCGGGAGCCAAGUGGUUGCGCCGAGCGCUGCGCUACUUUCGUGUGUCGGCGCUGACCGAUGUCGACCAGAUCGAAGAUAUUGAGCUCAAUGCGGCCGAGUCGCGCGAGCCGAUGCCACGCAACGUGGCAGACUUCCAGAACCACCCAGUGUAUGCGCUGGUGCGCCACCUGCGACGGCACGAGGUGCUUGUGCCCAACGCCACGGCCGUCGGCACCGUCGCGGCCGGCGCCAAAGCGCCGCUUGAACGCAUCUACCGCCGGCGGGAUGUCCGCAUUGCCUACAGCGCCGACCGAUGGUACCGGCUGGGCCGUGUGGUCCUGCCCAACGAGAUCCCUGCCAAGUGGCUGCCCAAACCUCGAAAGAGAGGGGUUUUUGACGACGAAGGCAACGAUGGCGGUGGUGUCAGCGGCCACAAGAGCCAGAGUGAUGGCGUUGACGACGACGACGACGACGACGACGACAACUUGUUCGGCGACAGUGCCGUCGGCGGUAUUGGCCAGUCCCGGUCCCAACCGAGCCCGCUCGGCAUCCCCAUCUUCACACCGGAGCAAACGGAGCUGUACCGCGCACCGCCCGUCGUCGACGGCCGCAUCCCCAAGAACAAGUUUGGCAACAUUGAACUGUACGUGCCGAGCAUGGUGCCAGAGGGCGGCGAGCACAUUGACGACCCGGCUGCCGGCCGCGCCGCGUACAUGCUGGGUGUCGACUAUGCACCGGCGCUGUCCGGCUUCAACUUCCAGGGCCGCAAAGGCACGGCCGUGCUGCGCGGUGCCGUUGUCGCCACAGAGCAUGCCGAGGCCGUGAGGGCGGUUCUGGAGGGUCUCAAAGACCUUGCCGUGGAGGCCGUGGCCGAGCGGCGGACGCGUGCUGCGCUGCGUGCCUGGACCUUUUUCUUGCGCGGUCUGCGCAUUCGGCAGCGGAUUCGGAAUGCGGCCGAGGACCGUGGUGAGUUGGUCGACGGAGACGGACAAGAGAGGGACGAAGAAAGCGAUAACGACGCGGUUGUGGACCACGAAGACGAGAACCAAGGGGGGCUGGACAGUGACGAAGACGAUGCCGUCGACGACGCCAGGAGUGACGUGACGGAAGAGUUUGACAUGGUCGUGGACGACGACGGCGAAGGUGAAUUUGCUGGUGGCGGCGGCUUCAUAAACGACGACGAUUACGGCGGUGGCGGGUUCAUACCAGAAUGA